AUGCUUCUUCGUAGCUAUGCCUACCUUUUCCGCAAGCCCUCUCCCUACUUCAACGUCUUCUUGGUUCCUCAAGUGGUUCUUGUCAGUCAACAAGCAGAAGCCCUGAAGAUGCACACUGAUCUAAAAGUUGGUAUGUAUUGGGGAGAAAUGGGAGUUGACUUUUGGGAUUCUUCAACAUGGCAACAAGAAGUCGAUAAAUAUGAGGUUCUUGUGAUGACCCCUGCCAUUUUGCUCGAUGCAUUGAGACAUAGUUUUUUGAAGAUGAACAUGAUCAAGGUUCUAAUAGUUGAUGAGUGCCAUCAUGCUGGGGGAAAGCAUCCCUAUGCUUGUAUCAUGAGGGAGUUCUAUCACAAGGAUUUAAACUCUGCAAUUUCCGAAGUUCCCCGGAUAUUUGGGAUGACUGCAUCCCUUGUAAAAACAAAAGGUGCGAAGUUAGAUAGCUACUGGAAAAAGAUUCAUGAACUCGAAACUCUAAUGAAUUCAAAGGUCUUUACCUGUGUGAAUGAGUCCGUGCUGGCUGGGUUUGUCCCCUUUUCUACACCACACUUCAGGUACUACGAGCACAUGGAAAUACCAAGUUCUAAACGCGCAAGCUUGGUAGGGAUGCUGGAAAAUCUAACUACAAAGCAUCGCUUCUCACUUGCAACCUUGGAUCUCAAAGCCUCUACUGUUGAUUCUAUAGAGAAGAGACUGCGGAAGAUAAGUUCAUGCCUAACUUAUUGUUUGGAUGAUCUCGGAAUUUUGCUGGCGCAGAAGGCUGCUCAGUCAUUGUCAACCAGUCAGAAUGACUUUUUCUUGUGGGACCAACUAAAUAUGUUUAGUGAGACCUUCGUCAAAAAAUUCUGCUCUGAUGCUUCACAAGAGUUCUUAGUUGACAUACCUCAUGGUCUUGAUUGGGGUGUCACUAACAUGAAAACACAAAGCUGGGCAUCGACUUGGAGGAAGGUGAUUGUAAACUUGUUUGCAAUCAAGUUAUUUGCUCUCAAGUAUGCUUGUGAUGUUGCAUGCACAGUGCUUCGUGUAGACCAGAUUAUAAUGGCGAAACAAGCAGGAGGACCAAGGAGAGACGCUGCACAAGCUGCUGGUGCAGGCGCGGAGGAAGACUAA